AUGGCUACGGAAGGAAAUUCAGUUUUGGUGUUGGGCGAAACUAGCGCAAAGAGUGCGCCUACAUUUGCUAGUGGUGAUAGACAGGAUCCUGUUCAGUUUUUGGAGGACUUUAAUGAAGCGGCUUCUUGGAAUAACUGGGUGUCCACGGACAGAAGAAAGGAAUUAUUCUUCAGGUGUCUUACCCACUAUGCCAGAGAAUGGUUCUUGAACACUUUCGAAAGGGGAUCGGAAGAAUACAAGAAGAUGAAAUUCGACGAUGGUACUAGUGCUUGUCUGGUCAAGCAAUUUUCGGCAAAGUUCAUUACUGCAGAAUGGUUCGAGAAAUACGAAGAAGCGUACGAAGACCGUGUUCAACUUAAGUCCGAAUCUCCUUGGGAAUUCAUGAAUAUCAAGCGUGCGUUACUCAGAAAGUUGGAUCCAGUGGAACUCGCUAGUCGUACUGAAAAGCAAACGGUGAAGGAGAUCAGAAAGGGUCUAUUGCCUGAAGUUAAGAAGUUCUGUGACUAUAUGGAGAAGAAUCCCUACAACAAUCUGGACAAGACCAAGGUUAAUACCUUCGAAGGGUUGGAAUCUCUAUUGCGUUGGGCAGAACAAUGUCACAACAACACGGGCAUGGUUACAGGUCUCACCAAGGAGGUUAAUAAGGUACAAGAGCCUCAACAGGUGAAUGCUAUUUUGAAACGUAACAAUGGUGAUUAUGGUGGGUCAAGAGCUCCUCGUGGUUACACGGAAAAGGUGGAUAACUCUAAUCAAUGGGAAAUCAUACUCAAGAAAUUAGAGAAGCUUGACAAGUUGGACGUGAUUGAAAACAAUCUUGCAUUAACCAUGGACCGAGUGGACAACAUGGAAAGGAGAUUGGAUGGUGGAUCCAACAACCAAGCUGAUGGAAGAAAGGUAGAAGAACGACCCUCGGACAAGUGUUACAAUUGCAAAGGACCUGGUCACAUCUCAAAAGAGUGUAAGGAACCCUGCAGGGUGUGUCACUCACCUGAUCACACAAGUGUUACUUGCAAGGACAAGGGCAAUCAGGAUUUUCGCUCAAACUCCCCACGAGAUUAG